AUGCCUCUAGCCAACAAGUCUUCAGUUAUCCAAAAAGAACAGCUGAGAUUCGAGGUCAAUCUUUCUCUACCCGCCGUGUUUUUAGUCAUGUCUAAUUUACAAAAAUCAAAAUCCGUGGCUUACAUUAAAGUAGAAAAUGCACCGCUGACUGUAAGUGUAUUCGCAAAGUAUUAAUUCUUGCAUAGGUCUUUAAAUCGGACAGUACUUCUGACGUGAGACCUCCUAUCGAACGGAGAUAUUACAGUAAGACCAGUCCAGAUUACCCAGUAAAUUACUUUCUGGGACAGAUGCAAGUGGAUGACCAUUGGUUCGACGCCUACAGGAAGUUUGUCCCCAUGGAGAACCGCAGAAUGUUUCCCCGAAGAUACUAUUCUUACGGGGAUUACAUUCCGUCUUAUCCUUUCUACUGGUCUUAUCCAGACACUUAUUUCAAUCGCUACAAAAAGUAUUUGUAAGUUCAAUUCCGCUAAUUAUUUACUCUAUUUUAAAGCGGAAAACCAAUAACUCCGUUCCCCAAUUAUUCCCAGCGAUAUGGAGAUUCGUAUUAUCGACCAGAAGUCCGUUCCAGCUACUAUUCUCCAUACAGAUCCUGGGUUAUGUCAUUGUAA